CCCUACCUUUCUCAAUCUCUCUCUAUUCUGGAAAUCAAAAAUUUCUCAUACUCCCAUUCUUUCUCGAUCUUUCCUCUGCCUUUUCUCCUCCCUUGAGAGCUCUUUGCCUUCUUCGUCGCUCCCUGCCUCCAUCAUCGCCGUCGUCGUCGUGCGCGGGUCUUGCAUGUUUCGAUAUGGGAGAAAUCCAGAGGAAAGCAGGUCAGGUCAUGCAUGUCUCGAUCCGGGCGAGAAACAGAGCGAUGGCCGCUUCAAAUCGGCUGGUGAGACUGAGAAGAGAGAGGCAGAGCUGCGGUUGCUCCAAAUCGAUCGUCUUGGUGUCGCCGCCGCCGCCAUGGAAUCGGAUGAGAGGCAAGCAGAGAGGGUGAGUGAGAUAGAGUGGGAUUUGGGAGAUGGGAGGGUGGUUUUUGGCUUUGCCGCUGGAAGAUAUUGGAGAGAAGGGAAGAGAUCGAAGAAAGGCGGCUGUGCCUUUGAGUGUGAGCUCGAGGGAGACGAUGUAGGGUUGUGGAGUCGGGCUUUAGGGUUUUGGGAGGGUUGGUGGGCCUGUAGCUAGGCUCCGGCCUAAUUAAGUUGUUGAGAGAGGUGGGCUUGCUGGAGAGAUGGGGUGGGCUCAAGUUGGGCUAUCCGGUUUUUCCUGUUUUAACCGGAUCGGACCAGGCUGUGACCAUUGCAACCGCAAACUGGAUUGGGUUACUUGGAAUCCGGUUUCCGGUUACAACCGGGACGGUUUAAACUGGUUGGUUUCCGGUUUGACCGAAAAACCGGGACCGGAUUCCUAGCCCUAGUUUGGAUGAGUUAUUUGGGUUUAAAUAACUCACAAUAACUCAGCAUUUUAUUCAAAUGAAUUAUUUGGUUGUGAGUUAUUUAUAAAUAAUUCAAAAUGAGUUAUUUGAAAUAAUUCUAACCCAUUUUGUUAUUUUCAAAAUAACUAGCUUUACUACUAAGUUUUUUCCAAAUAUCACAUUUGCAUGAUUAUAACAAACGAGAUACUUCAAUUCAAUUACUGCUGAAAUAAUACUAAAGUACCACAUAAACAAUUAAUGAGUUAUUUGACUCUACAAAUACCAUAUUGACAAUUAAUCCAUCCAAACGACCCCUCAUAUUGAGUAGGGCUAUUUAAAGGAUAGCUUUAUGCCAGGCGUGCCUAGACAUUGGAUAGUGAUAAAAUGUCCUGUCUAGGUGCUAGGCAUACAAUUAGGCGUUUAUAAGGCCUAAGUGAUGAUUAUUAGAAAAAAAUAGGCAAUGAUUAAUUGGUGAGAGGCAUUAUUAAUUGAAGUAAGUCGCUCUUAAUUGCACAAUUACACCAAGGAUUAAAAGAAUUGUAGCUUA